GAGCCGUUCAAGGGGAAAGGUAUAGCAAGGGGUACGGCCGGUAGUUCAUGCCCAAGCUUCUUGCGGCAUUUCUCUCUUUCAACGAUCCCAGCCCCCCCCCACUCAACUCUUUGGCAAGACAUGUUCCCCGCUCCUUGGAAGAUGGCAACCACCUUUCCAGCCACACCGUACCACCCCCCAACCCACCUUUGCCUCGUCCGACGAUACACGCAACUCUGGAGCGCUUGCAUAGAAAGUUCGAACGUCUUCAUCGAGCGCGAGCGCGAGACUUGCAAGCACCAGGCAGGGGCACACGUCCCCCGCUCAUUUAAAUCAAUUGCUCGCUCGCACGCCUCACGCACGCCCCCCACACGCCCUUCACAACGAUCCGGUCGAGAAGCAAUCAACAGUCAAGGCGCCUUCUGUCCCAUUAGCCAUUUGUAUUGAUAACGUUUUCCGCGCCGCGCCGCGCAUCAUUCAUCAUCCCAUGGCAAGCCAAGCGAAUAGAGAUAAUUUUUGAGCCUCGCAAGAUGCAAAAUGCAUCGCGAUCGGGGGGGAGGGAGGUUUGAAUAAGCAUCCCAGGAGCAUGUGACGCGCAUCGCGUUGAACGCAG